AUAUAUAAAUUUUAUAUAAUAUAAAAAUUAUUAAAAUAGAAUGUUUUAAAAGUUUGAGGGUGUAAAAUAUAAAAUUUUUCAAUUCUUAAUAAUUAGAUAACAUAACAUGCCAACGUGCCAACUCACCUUCAGGCCAAUUUUUUUUUUUUUUCCACUGUACUCGUUAUAAUUAUUAGAUCUUCUUUGAUGAUUUUGAAUAAUUUGGUGCCGUUUGGUAACACUUUUGUUUUUUAAUUUUUUAAUCACAAAAUGAAAGUCAAAUUUUUGUUUUUAAAAUUGGAAAAAAAAACAAGAAAAUUCCAAAAAGAGUAAAAUAUUACAAAAAUACUGUGGGCCGGCCCAAUCAACAUUUGUACAGCCCACUAUGAAUAUAUUGCAAAAAUACCACCUCACCUAUACCUUCAGUCGCACGUCACGAACGGAGACGAUGAAGGAACCUCCAUCGAUGCAGUCGGCUACGCAACUAGAAUGAAACCAGAUCGAGCGUAGAACAACCAUCAAUUCUGGCGAAUUUCGAUAGGAAACGAACAAAUCCAAGGAUCUGAACAGAAAAUUUAAAAAAAAAAAGACCAGAAAACCGUGGAGAAACUGAAAUUAAACAUUUGAUUUCAGUUUUUUAUCGUGCAAUAUCACUCAAACGAGCGUCGAAAAUCCAGAUUGAAGCAAUGUAAAUCUGUAUUGAACAGAUCUAGAGCUCCCCCUGAAAUCCAAAAAAAGGUAUGAAAUGAAAUUUUUUUUCAACAAUGAUAUACGUCAUACACAGUUGCAUUCUGGUUGAUUCACCGGUUUACAACAGGAAAUUCAGAUUCUAACAACAAAAAACAAGAACUGAUUCUAAUUAAGGAACCACAUGAUACUAAUAAGGGUUUUUUUUAUUUUUUUGCGUUGCCUUACAGUUGCAAUAUCGUUUUAAAAUGGUUUACAAAUCAUGAAGAAGUGUCAAUUGACGAGUACCAAAAGCUAGCAUAUAUACAAGGAAUUUAUUUUGGAAAAGAUAGAGGACAAAACAGUUUGAGAAAUGGAAUCAGGAGAGGAAAUACAAUGCUUGAACAAAGGGACAGAGAUAGAAGUAAGUUUGUACUCUAUUUCAUAACAGAAUCAAACCAGUUUUAAAAUUCGUUGCCUCGCACUAAUAAACAUUGCAAAAACACAGGAAAGGAAAGACAUUCCAUUCCUAGUCUUCUACAAUGGACAAUUCGAUGAUCGAAUGAAUUAUGAAAAUUAUGAAGCCAGUGGACAUUACAUUUCAGCCAAUUCUAACUAUGAAGAUUUGCAACAGAAACUAAAAGAUGUCCUGGAGUGCAACCAAGAAAACACUGUUUUGCAACUGAAAUAUCAAGUGAAGGAAGGAUACCAACCAUUGAGGAUAAAGGAUGAUCAAAGCCUGCAUUUCUACAUACAACUCAAACUGAAGGACCCCGACUUCACAACAUACCCAUUGUGUGUGAAUGUCAUCCACAACCCAAUAACAACCAUCAAUGCAUCAUUCUUGGGAAAUGACAAUUCAUUAAUUACACAUACAAGCGCCUUCCAACCGAUCGAAUACAAUGCAGCAACAACAGAAGACUCAACAAAUCAACAACAUACAAUUGAAGCUACAGUACCGGAAUUUGGGGGAGAAAAUUUUGACUUCAUGGACUAUGCAAAACUUGUGGCAGAGGAGAUGGUUGAGCAAUUGGAAAACAAAAAAAACAAGGAACCAGAAAUCACUGAUUAUGACGAACUACUAAUCACAGAUCCGCAACAUCCUGAAAUAGAAGAAGCACAAAUAUACAAAGACAAAGAAACACUGCAGAGUGUGCUUGGUUUCUAUGCAAUUAGGAACAACUUCUAAUUCAGAGUGAAAAAAUCAUGUGCAAGAACAUACAAGAUUUGUUGUUUGGAUCCAAAAUGUAAGUGGGCACUAACAGCAUCCAGAAACGGGCCAACAAAGUCAUUCAUCAUUUGAAAGUACGACAGAAAGGUGAUACACACUUGUGAUCUAAACAUAAGAUUUGCCGACAAAAGACAAGCUACAACGAAAUUGAUUGGAAACUACAUCAAGCCACGGUUUACCAACAUAAAAACAACUCAAACGCCACAAGACAUCAGAGGAGAAAUGAAACAAAAGUAUGGGGUGAGAAUGAACUACAUGAAAGCAUGGAGAAGCAAAGAGCACGCGCAAGAAGAAUUACGAGGAAAAGCCAACGAAUCAUACAAGCUGCUGCCCGGUUUUUUGCACAUGUUGCAAAAAACUAAUCCCGGAACAAUAGUGCACAUGCAAACAGAGGAUGACAACAGCUUCAAGUACUUGUUUGUCGCACUGGAUGCUUCAAUAAAAGGAUGGAAGAAAUACAAACCUAUAAUAGUUGUUGACGGAACUUUCUUUAAAUCAA